AUGGCGUCGUUUUUUGCCCCACUUUGGGGCCGUGAUGAGAGCAGCAAGGUGGGGGCGUUGUGCCAGUGUGUGCCGUCCAAUUUGUGCGCCGAUAAUGACGCCGCCGUCAAUGGCCAGGGACUAUUUGAUAUCCGAGUAGAUAAAACCUGUCCGAACUUCGAGAUCUGUUGCGAAAAUCACAUUCCCGAACUGAGCUUACCGAAUGUGCCUGCAACAUAUAGUGGUUGUGGAUAUCAAAACCCUAUACGCGUAAAUCCCAGAAUUAUGUCUGAUUCGAAAUAUGCUGAAUAUGGAGAACUACCUUGGACUGUUGUAAUACUAGUGAGAGAUAUUGCCAAGACUGACAGGAACAUGUAUAAAUGUGGAGGAAGCCUGAUUCAUCCGCAAGUUGUUCUUACAGCCGCCCAUUGCCUCCUUAAUAAAAAAGUAUUUAAGGUGAGAGCUGGAGAAUGGAACACCAAGUCCAAAGAAGAACCUUUUCCCCACCAAGACCGAAGCGUCCUGGAGGCCCUCCUCCAUCCAAAUUUUCACUCAGGAUCUCUAAGGAAUGAUAUUGCUCUUUUAUUUCUCACAGAUCCCUUGAUUUUUCAUGUUAAUAUUGGACUCAUCUGCUUACCUCCUCAACAUUUACAACUAGAGGAAGCCGUAUGCACAGUAGGGGGCUGGGGGAAAGACCAUUUAAAGAAAGGAAAAUACUCUGCAAUUCUGAAGAAAGUGAAUCUUCCCUUGGUUUCAAAAGAAAAGUGUGUGGCAGCUUUAAGGAAGACAAGAUUAGGGGCAUUCUACAAGUUUCACAAGAGUUUCAUAUGUGCAGGUGGUGAGAGCAACAAAGACACUUGUAAGGGUGACGGAGGAAGUCCUUUAGUGUGUCUCAUACCAGAUGGCAAGGAUAGAUUUUUUCAAGCAGGAAUUGUUUCUUGGGGGAUUGGUUGUGGUGAGAAUGACGUACCUGGAGUGUAUGCUAACGUUGCUCUUUUUAGCGAGUGGAUUGAUGAUGAGCUCAAUGUUAGGAACUUUGAUAACAGUUUUUACAAAUAUUAACAACAAAGGAGUAGUGAUAAUAAUG